AUAAGGAGAGUUUCGACACAGCAGUCAUUGGGCAGCCAGGCGCACCGGGGUGCAGAGCAGCGGCUCCCAGGAAGAGCAGGGAGCCUCCAGGAAUACAGAUCAGGAGCUGGGCACUUGCUGUGGAUGUUAAUGCAACGGGGGGCCGGGCGGAUCGCCUCUCCCUAACUCCGAGGAGGCGCGGGGGGGGAGGAGGCUGUCCGCCCCCCAAGGAGACGGACAGGAGCGGACCUUGAGGUUUGAACCAUGUGAAGAACCUCGCCAGGGCAAGGGACACAUACAGGGAGCUUGGAAGUUCACCCUCCCCUUUCUCUUCUCCCCUGCCCCAGGAUGGAUCAGAGGAAGAACUGGCCUCGGAUGCUGGACUCCGAUGGCUGGUCAGCAGCUGUGGUUUUUCUCUUUUUGGUCUCACUUUCCCGGAACGCAGCCAGUACUGCCCUGUUCAACACCUUCCACUCAGAGAACCGCGACUGGACUUUCAACCACCUGACCGUCCAUCAGGGCACCGGGGCAGUCUACAUUGGAGCCAUCAACCGGGUUUACAAGCUCUCGGGUAACUUGACCAUCCUGGUGGCUCACAAGACAGGCCCGGAGGAGGACAACAAGUCCUGCUACCCGCCCCUCAUUGUCCAGCCUUGCAGUGAGAUCCUCACCCUCACCAACAACGUUAACAAGCUGUUGAUCAUUGACUACUCAGAGAACCGGCUGCUGGCCUGCGGGAGCCUCUACCAGGGCGUCUGCAAGCUGCUGCGGCUGGACGACCUCUUUAUCCUGGUGGAGCCGUCCCACAAGAAGGAGCAUUACCUCUCUAGCGUCAACAAGACAGGCACCAUGUAUGGGGUGAUCGUGCGCUCCGACGGUGAGGACGGCAAGCUCUUCAUCGGCACUGCGGUGGACGGCAAGCAGGAUUACUUCCCCACCCUCUCUAGCCGCAAGCUGCCGCGGGACCCGGAGUCAUCAGCCAUGUUGGAUUACGAGCUCCACAGCGACUUUGUCUCAUCGCUCAUCAAGAUCCCCUCAGACACGCUGGCCCUGGUCUCACACUUCGACAUCUUCUAUAUCUACGGGUUCGCCAGCAGCAAUUUCGUCUACUUCCUGACGGUGCAACCGGAGACCCCCGAGGGAGUCUCCAUCAACUCGGCCAACGACCUUUUCUACACGUCCCGCAUCGUCCGCCUCUGUAAGAAUGACCCCAAGUUUCACUCCUACGUCUCGCUGCCCUUUGGUUGCAUCAAGGGGGAUGUGGAGUACCGCCUCCUGCAAGCGGCUUAUCUCUCCAAGCCAGGGGACGUGCUGGCCAAUGCCCUCAAUAUCACAGCCCAGGAUGACAUUCUUUUUGCCAUCUUCUCCAAGGGGCAGAAGCAGUAUCACCAGCCUCCUGAUGACUCGGCUCUUUGCGUUUUCCCCAUCCGCACCAUCAACAGCCAGAUCAAGGAGCGCCUGCAAUCCUGUUACCAGGGGGAAGGCAACUUGGAGCUCAACUGGCUGCUGGGGAAGGAUGUCCAGUGCACCAAAGCACCAGUCCCGAUAGACGACAACUUUUGCGGGCUGGACAUUAACCAGCCACUGGGAGGCUCCACACCAGUGGAGGGGGUGACCCUCUUCACCGCCAGCCGUGACCGGAUGACCUCGGUCGCUUCGUACGUCUACAACGGCUACAGUGUGGUGUUCGUGGGGACCAAGAGUGGCAAGCUGAAGAAGGUAAGGCUGCUCCUGUGA